ACCAUCCACGACUUCCCCAAGAUUGAACCUAGAAGUUUUGUCACAUACCCCAGCACACAUCUCCUGCUGCCGCUACGUCGCGACAUCUUGCACCGCGCAAUCGUCUUUGAGGGAGAUGCCACACGCCAGGGUACCGCAAGCACAAAAUACCGUUCAGAAGUCCACGGUUCCAAUCGCAAGGUCCGUCCGCAAAAGGGAACUGGUCGCGCUCGUCUUGGUGACAAGAAGUCGCCCAUGCUGAGAGGUGGUGGUGUCGCCUUUGGUCCCAAGCCCAGAGAUUUCAGCACAGAACUGCCCACCAAGAUCUACGACCUGGCCUGGAGGACUGCUUUGAGUUACCGCUACAAGAAGGGCGAGUUGGUUGUUCUGGGUGGAGCUGCAGAGAUUGACGUCGAGGGUCCUGGUGCUGCAAGGUGGUUGAAAGAGAUGCUGCGAUGGAACAAGUGGGGAAACCCAAGUGGUGGCAGUCUGUUCGUCACGGCCGAGCCUAGAGAGAAACUCUUCAAUGCUCUACAACAACCUGGCAUGGACAAGGAGGCUCGCGCUUUGAGUCUCGAAGACGUUGAUGUCAAGGACUUGCUCGAGGGUGGUCGCAUUGUCAUUGAGAAGAAGGCGCUCGACAAGAUCUUCCAGAAGCACUCGAGCGACCUGCAAUCACGGGUCAAGCUUGUUGUCUAA